CGUAGCAUCGCAGGUUCUGGGAGCGGACAGGAUGGAACCGUGAUCCGAACCACUUGCGGAUUAAAACCUGCUGUAGUGACGUCAGCAUGGCUCAAAAGGCCCUGGUUCUGUAUGACUUUGCAGCUGAGCCUGGAAAUAAUGAACUUUCAGUCAGAGAGGGAGAGACAGUUACCAUCCUCGACCAGACUAUAGGAGGAGGCUGGAUUGCAGCACAGAACCACAACGGACAAACUGGACUUGUACCUGAGGGGUAUUUACAGAUUGGAGGCGGAGACUCCAAACCAGGGGGCGUGGCUUCUGCCAGUAACUCUCAGGGAUGGGACAGUCGAGCACAUCCAGAGUUAUAUCAAGUGUCUCCAGCAGCUGCUGAGGAUGAUGAUGGCGAGUGGGACGAUGACUGGGAUGACCAAUCAGUGAGCAGUUACCACGGAAAUGGUCACGUAGAGGAAGAGGUGGGAGCUUCUGGACGAGUUACCCAUGGUCCCUCCGUCAAGAUCUCCCUCAACAAGUUCCCUUUCUCCAAAGCUCCGAAUCCAGAAGUCUUCCUGUUGUCCAAACCUCCUGCUAACAGCAGAGACAGACUUCCUGUUUACAUGGGAGAGGUGGGUCCUGUCUGGCUGUACUCAACUUCUCCUCUGGACUGCAUCAUCGCAGAUCCAAAGAAAGAAUCCAAGCUAUAUGGACUGAAGAGCUUCAUUGAGUACCAGGUCAUUCCAAAUACCACCAACAGGCCUGUCAAUCAUCGCUACAAGCACUUUGAUUGGCUGUACGAGCGUCUCCUGGAGAAGUUCGGCUCCUUGUUACCCAUCCCCUCUCUACCUGACAAACAGGUCACAGGUAGGUUUGAAGAGGACUUCAUCAGGACGAGGAUGGAACGUUUGCAGGCUUGGAUGACGCGGAUGUGUCGUCACCCCGUUGUGUCUCAGAGUGAUGUCUUUCAGCUCUUUCUCACUUACAAAGAUGAAAAGGAGUGGAAGGCAGGAAAGAGGAGGGCAGAAAAAGACGAGACAGUCGGUCCAAUGAUGUUCUCUCUGAUUGAACCUGAAGCUGCAGAACUCGACGUUACUCAAGUUGAACAGAAGUGCGAGCAGUACAGUCGGUUUACGAAGUCGAUGGAUGAUGGCGUCAGAGAGCUGCUGAACGUUGGGAACACGCACUGGAAACGCUGCACUGGACCUCUGCCUAAAGAGUACGAGCGAAUCGGUCAAGCCUUACAGAACCUGUCGACCGUUUUCAGCAGCAGCAUGUAUCCAGGAGAGGAGACGCUGACGAAUGCUAUGACAGCUGCAGGAAAAACCUAUGAGGAGAUUGCUCAGAUUGUCGCACAGCAGCCUCAGAAAGAUCUGCACUUCCUGCUAGAGACCAACAGCGAGUACAAAGGCCUGCUGGGAUGUUUCCCUGAAAUAAUCACUGUACACAAGGCUGCAGUAGAUAAAGUGAAGGAAGGAGAUCGUUUAGUUUCUACAGGAAAAAUCAGCAGCAGUGACAGGAAGUGCAUAAACCAACGCAUCAGCUGCAUGAGCUACUCGCUGCAGGCUGAGAUGAAUCAUUUCCAUAGCAACCGUAUCUAUGACUACAACCGGGUGAUGCAGUUCUACCUGGAGCAGCAGGUGGCUUUCUACCAACAGAUCGCAGACAAGCUGAGAGAAGCUCUGAGUCAUUUCAGCACGCUGUGAUGGUGRAGUCUGCUGACAUCAUCGUCACAUUACCUGGUCCAGACUUAACAAAAUAAAAGCUUGAUGUGAGGGGAAACACUAACUUUAUAUUCUGUUGUAUUUAUACAGUUUUUUUCACUCUUUUAACAGAAUAUUAAUGAUUUCUCUAACAAUAAAUAAUCUUUCUACCUCA